UCACUGGCUUAUAUGGACAAGUCAGGCCACUGUCAUGUGACCUCAGGCUGCUAAAUACAGCUCCAGCACCCACUCCGGACCAAGGCCUGAAACAAUGUCCUCCACCGAGAGCAAUGUAAAGGACACUUGAUCACACAAUCUUUGGAGUUAUUUCCAGGAAACACUUGCAGAAGCCAGUCGGAGCACCCUUUCCUGGGCAGCACACUCGGGGACGGCCAGGAGAUGAGCGCAUCUCUGAAUUACAAGUCUUUUUCCAAAGAGCAGCAGACCAUGGAUAACUUGGAGAAGCAACUCAUCUGUCCCAUCUGCUUAGAGAUGUUCACAAAACCCGUGGUCAUUCUCCCCUGCCAGCAUAACCUGUGUAGGAAAUGUGCCAGUGAUAUUUUCCAGGCCUCUAACCCAUACUUGCCCACAAGAGGAGGCACCACCAUGGCAUCGGGGGGCCGAUUCCGCUGCCCAUCCUGUAGACACGAAGUGGUUUUGGACAGACAUGGGGUUUAUGGACUUCAGAGGAACCUGCUGGUGGAAAAUAUCAUUGACAUCUACAAGCAGGAGUCCACCAGGCCAGAAAAGAAGCCCGAGCAGCCCGUGUGCGAGGAGCACGAGGAGGAGCGCAUCAACAUCUACUGUCUGAACUGCGAAGUGCCCACCUGCUCCCUGUGCAAGGUGUUCGGCGCGCACAAGGACUGCCAGGUGGCUCCCCUCACCCACGUGUUCCAGAGGCAGAAGUCCGAGCUCAGUGAUGGCAUUGCCGUCCUUGUGGGAAGCAACGACAGAGUCCAGGGAGUGAUCAGCCAGCUGGAAGACACCUGCAAAACUAUCGAGGAAUGCUGCAGAAAACAGAAACAGGAGCUUUGUGAGAAGUUUGAUUACCUGUAUGGCAUCCUGGAGGAGAGAAAGAAUGAAAUGACCCGAGCCAUUACCCGAACCCAAGAGGAGAAACUGGAACGUGUCCGCGCUCUGAUCAAAAAAUAUUCUGAUCAUUUGGAGAACGUAUCAAAGUUGGUUGAGUCAGGAAUCCAGUUCAUGGAUGAGCCAGAAAUGGCGGUGUUUCUGCAGAAUGCCAAAACUCUGUUACACAAAAUCUCUGAAGCCUCGAAAGCAUUUCAGAUGGAGAAAAUAGAACAUGAUUAUGAGCACAUGAACCACUUCACAGUCAACCUCAAUAGAGAAGAAAAAAUAAUACGUGAAAUUGAUUUUUACAGAGAAGAUGAAGAUGAAGAUGAAGAAGGGGAAAGAGAAGGAGGAGGAGGAGAAGCGGUAGAAGUAGAAGAGGGAGAAAAUGUUCGGACAGAGUCACCAGGAGAAGAUGCAGGUCCGGAAAAAGCCUCAGAGCCCUCUCUGCUGGCCUCGGAGGUCCAGGCUGUCCCAGAGGCACCCCAGGUCUCCUCUCCAGUGCCUCCUCCAGCCCUGCCACUUGCCACAGAUGCCCCAGUGACACAGGGGGAGGUUGUGCCCACUGGCUCUCAGCAGACCACAGAGUCUGAAACUCCAGUCCCUGCAGCAGCGGAAACUGCGGAUCCCUUGUUUUACCCUAGUUGGUAUAAAGGCCAAACCCGGAAAACCACCAGCAACCCUCCUUGCACCCCAGGGAGUGAAGGUCGGGGGCAAAUAGGGCCUCCCGUUUCUGAGGAUUCGAAUGUGCAGAAGGCAGAAGUGGCAGAAGCCGCAGCCGAUGAGAGGGUAACAGUGAGUGGAGUUAGCCAUCUGCCUAGCACUUUUGGCUUUUCUUGUACUUCACUACAUCUGGAGUCAGAUUCAGUGCUUGAUUUUUACUUUAAUGGGUUUGGAUUCAGCCCUAUGGUGAAUUUGAAUCUCAUGAAAGGCCCUGGUUCCCAACCAUCUGCAGGAUGCACUUUGAACCUGGUCACACCCCAAUACUCCAGAAAAUUGUGCAGAGCCCUUGUACGUGAACGUCUUUAGCUGCCCUCUAAGUUUCUGCCCUUCUGGGCCAUGCUGCUGUGUGCUCAGUCAAUGCAAAGCCGUCUGGUAGAAACAACAUUUGAUCUAUUUCUUCUGUUAACUUUUAGAUUUAUUUUGAAAAAAUUGCACCAUGCCCUAGUCAAGCUCAGAAAACAAGACAACAGCAAGGUGGGAGAAGGACACUAUGGACAGGCUGGCUGCCCUUGGAAAGCAGUCUCUGUGAGGCCUCGUCUCUUGGGCUUGCCUUGUUGUGUCUGUUUCCUGGUCCAAUCUGCUUCCAUGCUCUGCCCUUCCUCUCCCUACAACACUUACAUGCAAAUUAUUCCUGCUCGCAUCCACUUUCCAUGGACAAUUGGGCAUUUUAUUGGGAAUAUAUGUGGCAAUUAAAUUUGAACGGAGGUGAAAACAGAGCAAUGAAAUCCCCCUUCCAGGUGUUCUUCCUCUCCUCUGAGUGUGGCUAAGUGUCCUCCUGUGGAAGAAUCAGUCCAAAGCAUUUAAUGGGAGCUGUGCAGAGCACAGGGGUUUCCAGAGAAACGUCUCCCUAUUUGGUGGAUUAAUUCAGCAGCUGCUCUGGCUGAUACUCGAGCUGGACAUGGCAGCUGCCUCAAGGUCAGAAGACCUGUGCUUCCCACUACACACACAAGCAUGUGCACAUAUGCACAUGCCAGUGAGAGAAGCAAGAGCCAAGUGCUUUGGAGAUGGAGACUUUGGCAUUGGAAUCUGUGCAAUUUCUGCCUCUAUAAAGACCCACAGCUCAAGAAUUUCACCAGAGCAUGAAGUCAUAGUGGAAAGAGACACUAAAAGCUUUACCAUUUCAUAGCUAUUUCUUGUUUCAAGAAUAGAAUAUCCACUUUUAACAUGCCAUUCUUCAAGUCUGAAAAUAGACAAAUGCAUUGGGCAGAAAUUCUGCCAAAGCUCAAGGCAGUGGAAAGGUCAAUGAAAUUAGAAGAAAGGCCCUCAAUUCUAGUCCUGGAGCUGCUUCUGCAUCUGACUCUGGAACUUCCAUUUCUUUGAGCCUCAGUUUUCUCACCAGGAAAACAAAAGGACAGUUCAAAGAAUAGAUUUAUGUAUUUAUGCAACAUUGGACAGUGAGGAUUCUAAUACUAAGAACUUUAUAAUUUGUUUCAGGAUGUGUAUUAGUCCAUUUUUGUGUUGCUCUAAUAGAAUACCUGAAACUGAGUAGUUUAUAAAGGACAGAGGUUUAUUUGGCUCAUGAUUCUGGGACAGCUGUAUCUGGUGUGGGCCUCAGGCUGCUUCUACUCAUGGCAGAAAGCAGCAGGCAGAGGAUGAGUGCAAGAUCGCUUGGCAAGAGGAAGCAAGAGAGAGAGAGAGAGAGGGUCGAGGGGAGGUGCCAGGGUCCUUAAAACAACCAGCUCUCACGGGAACUAAUAGAGCAAGAACUCACUCAUUACCCACCCCCGCCAGGGCAUUAAUCUAUUCGUGAAGGAUCUGUCCCAUGACCCAAACCACUCCCAACAUUGCCAAGUCAGAGAUCAUAUUUUGAUAUGAGCUUUGCAAGGACGACACAUCCAAACUCUAUCAGGAUGUUUUCAUUGGGAGGGUUAUGGACUUAGGCCUGACACAGUUCAUUCUGAGUGACUAUAAUAACAACAGAUUCUCAGUGAAAUAGAUGGGCCAUUAUAUUUCUGAAAAUAUAUUUCUUGUCUUGAAGCUCUUACAUAAGUCCCCGUUUCCCAAACUGUUUCCCAAAUCUCUUCCUAAGCACCAUAAGCAUCCAUUUAGCUGAAUGUUUACACAGCUGCUAUUACCUCCUUCGGAUUCCAUGAACUUCAUAAAAUUCAUGAUUGCUCAGCUCUGAAAUCCACCUAGAGGUACUCAUAGACCUCACUGUCCAGUAGAGCAAAGAAAAGAUGUGCACAUUAGAGGCAGUCACAGAAUAUUAGAUGGAUGAAGAAAUAAAAGAUAUGUAAUUUUUUAAGGUUUAUUUGUUUAUUUUUAAAUGGACACGCACGUGACAAUUGUACAUAUUUAUGGGAUACAUGUGAUAGUUAGAUACAUGUAUGCACUGUGUAAUGAUCAAAUCAAGGUAAUUGGGAUAUGCAUCACUUCAAACAUUUAUCAUUUCUUUGUGUGUUGGGAACAUUCAAAAUCCUCUCUUCUGGCUAUUUUGAAAUAUCCAAUAAAUUAUUGUUAACUACAAUCACCCUACUGUGCUAUUGAACACUAGAACUUAUUCCUCAUACUUAAUUGUAUUUUUGUACCCUACAUCUCCCUGUCCUCUCUUCCGCACCACCUCACCCCAGCUCUGGUAACCAUCAUUCUACUCUCUACUGCUAUGAGAAUCACUUUUGUAGCUCCCACAUAAGUGAGAACAUAAGAUAUUUGUCCUUCUGUGCCUGGCUUAUUUCACUUACAUAAUGUUCUCCAGUUCUAUGCAUGUUGCUAUAAAUGACAAGAUUUUAUUCUUUUUUAUGGUUGAAUAAUAUUCCAUUGUGUAUACAUACCACAUUUUCUUUAUUCAUUCAUUUGGUGAUGGACACAAGUUGAUUUCAUAUGAUGGCUAUUGUGAAUAGUGUUGCAAUAAACAUAGUAGGGCAGAUAUCUCUUUGACAUAUUUAUUUCCUUUCUUUUGGAUAUAUACCCAGUAGUGGGAUUGCUGGAUCAUAUGGUAUUUCUAUUUUUAGUGUUUUGAGGAACCUCUAUACUGUUUUCCAUAAUGGCUGUACUAAUUUACAUUCCCGCCGACAGUGUAUAAGAUUUCCCCGUCUCCGUUCUCCUCAUCUUUGCCAGCAUUUAAUAUUUUUCAUCUUUUUUAUAAUAGUCACUUUAACCAAGGAGAGAUAUCUCAUUGUGGUUCUUUUUUUUUUAAUUUAAUUUUAUUUUAUCAGUAUACAAUGUGGUUGAUUAUUGAGGCCCAUUACCAAAACCUCCCUCCCCCGUCAUUGUGGUUCUGAUCUGCAUUUCCCUGGUAUUAGUGAUAUUGAACAUUUUUUAUAUACCUGUUGGCUAUUUGUAUGUCUUCUUUUGAGAAAUAUCUAUUCAGAUCAUUUGUCCAUUUUUUAGUUGGUUUAUUUGCUUCUUUGCUGUUGAGUUGUUUGAGUUCCUUGCCUAUUCUAGUUAUUAAUCCCUUGUCAGAUGCAUAAUGUGCACAUAUUUUCUCCCAUUCCACAGAUUGCCUCUUCACUCUGUUGAUUGUUUCCUUUGCUGCACAGAAUAUUUUUAGUUCGAUGUAGUCCCAUUUGUCUAUUUUUGCUUUUUUUCUUUUUGCUUAAGAUAUGUGAUUUUUAAAGUCAUCUUUAUUGAAGUAUAUAUACACUAAGUUACCCAUUUUAAGUGUACAGUUUAAUGAGUUUUGACAAAUAUGUAGCCCUGUAUAGCCACCACCAUAAUUAAGGUGUUAGAAUAUUUUCAUCAUCCCCAAAAUUUCCCUCAUGUGCCCUUUACAGUUAAUUCCCUCCAGCACCCCAGCCUCUCGCAAUCACUAAUGUAUUUGCUUGUCAUUAUAGCUUUGCCAGUUCUAGAAGGUCAUAUAAAUGAAAACAUACUGUAUGUAGACUUUGGUGACUUCACUUAGUGCAAUGCUUUUGUGGUUCAUUUGUUUUGUUGCAUAUAUCAGUAUCUCAAUUCUUUUUAUUCCCGAGUAAUAUUCCUUU